CAAUUUUUUUGUUUGUUGGCAAUGAUGUCGAUGAUUUUAUUUAUAAUUUCAUCGAUUUGAUUGAUUAAUUUCCAUCAAAUUUUCGACCAUUAUCAUCAUCAUCAUAAUCUAGACAACAAUAAGAAAAGUGAAAUCUCUCAAUAGAGAUUCUGUGUUGUGUUACUAAACAAAUUAAUGAUGGCUACAUUUCGUUUCUUUCAAUCAACUAAUGGUUAUUAUGAUCAACAAAAUUUUCGACAAAAAAAUCGUUUAUCAAAUUGUUUAAAUCAACUAAUUCAUUUGGAAAAUCAUCAUCAUCAUCAUAAUCAUAAUGAUUUAAAAAUGCAAAAAAUCUACAAUUUAUCAUCAUUUGUAUUAUUUAGCCAUUGGAAUCAUAAAUCGUUAAAAUAUCUAGCUAUUGUGAUCAUAUGUUUAUGCUGUUAUUAUAAUUCAUUGUUUGGUGAUUUUGUUUUCGAUGAUAUAUCGGCUAUUAAAGAAAAUAUGGAUAUCCGUAUCAAUACACCGAUUAUCAAUAUUUUUCAAAAUGAUUUCUGGGGUCUACCUAUGCAUAUGGAAAAAUCACAUAAAUCAUAUCGUCCAUUAUGUGUACUUACAUUCCGUCUGAAUUAUUGGCUACAUCAACUACGACCAUUUGGAUAUCAUUUGAUCAAUAUUAUUCUACAUACAAUCGUUUCAUUGCAAUAUUUUCGAUUUUGUCAAAUUUUCAUGUCCAUAAAAUCAUCAUUUUUGGCUGCCAUAUUGUUUACAAUACAUCCGAUACAUACCGAAGCUGUCACAAGUAUUGUUGGUCGUGCUGAAUGUCUUUGUGCAAUAUUUUUUCUUGCUACAAUUUUUUCCUAUUACCGUUUGUUGAUGGCCAUCGAUUCGUAUAACAAAUGGUUAUGGCUAAUGGCAUCGAUUACAUCAAUCACUGCAGCUACAUUUAGUAAAGAACAAGGUAUAACAUCGAUUGCCAUCUGUAUGGUCAUUGAAAUUUUCUUCAAUCAAAAACUACAACGUCUAGCCUCUAAAUUGUCAUUAAAUGUCUAUUAUAACAAUGGUUACAAACAACAGACAAAAUCAUUGAAAAAAACAUCAUCAUCAUCGUUAUCAUCGUUGUCGGUAUUGUCAUUUCCCAAAUGGAUUAAGGAAAUGAUCACAAGAAUAACCAUACUCAUAAUAUGGACUAUUCUACUGUUGACUAUUCGUUUAUGGUUAAUGCGUUGGCAAUUACCAAUUUUUACCAAGUUUGAUAAUCCGGCCGUUAAUGCACCGAAUCGAUUGAGCCGUCAAUUGACACAACAUUAUUUAUAUGCAUUGAAUAUUUGGCUUUUACUCAAUCCAUGGUCAUUAUGCUGUGAUUGGACAAUGGGAUCCAUACCAUUGAUAAAAUCAUUCAACGAUCAUCGUAAUAUGUUUACAUUGAUUUUUUAUUCAUUCUUCAUUUUGUUAAUAUACAAAUCAUUUGGCAAAAAUGGCUGUCGAAUUAUGAUGGCCAGUCUGGCUCUAAUGAUAUUUCCAUUCAUACCAGCAUCAAAUAUAUUUUUUCCGGUUGGUUUUGUUAUCGCCGAACGUGUACUAUACAUACCAAGUUUUGGAUAUUGUAUGCUUAUCGCACAUGGUAUCACAGUGUUAAUAUAUCAUUUUGAUCAAUCGAAUAAGAAAUAUUCGAUCGAAAAAUAUAUUAUUCAUAUCUUUAUCAUCAUGUUGAUUGUUGUACAUACAUCACGAACCAUAAUAAGAAAUGUAGAUUGGAAAAAUGAAUAUAACAUAUUUUCAUCGGGAAUUCGUAUGAAUCCGAAUAAUGCAAAAUUAUUUAACAAUUUAGGUCAUGUUUAUGAGAUUGAAAAACAAUAUUAUAAAGCGCUUGAUCUAUUCAUUGCAGCUAUACGCGUUCAACCAAAUGAUAUAGGGGCCUAUUGUAAUGUGGCCCGUGUUUACGAUCAUAUUGGACAGGCUAAACUAGCCGAACAAUAUUAUUCAAAAGCGAAAUCGAUUUUAAUGUCCGAAUUGCGAUCGAAGUCAAUUAAUGAUGUACAAAAUUUUGCUCGUAUAGCACCAGCUCAUUUAAGCCUUUUUCUUAAUUUAGCCAAUAUAAUUUCACGUAAUCAAUCACGAUUAAAAGAAGCCGAUGAUCUUUAUCGUCAAGUGAUACAAAUGCGACCAGAUUAUGUUGAAGCAUAUAUUAAUCGUGGUGAUAUUCUUCUUCAAAUGAAUCUUACUAAUGAAGCUGAUCAUAUUUAUCGUACAGCAUUGAAUUAUGAUCAAAAUAAUGCCGAUAUCUAUUAUAAUCUUGGUGUUGUAGCGAUACAUUCAAAUCAUUUUGAUAAGGCAAUUCAUUAUUUUGAUAAAACAAUCGAAUUGAAUUCAAAACAUUUGCAAGCAUUAUUCAAUUUCGCUAUUGUCGUUCAGGAUGCUAAACGUUAUGAAUUGUUUGAUCAGGCUCGGCAACGAUUGGAAUUAUUAACAAAAUAUGAUAAAAAUAAUGAACGAAUCUAUUUCAAUAUGGCCAUGAUUUCAAUGGCCAAUAAAAACUAUAUUGAUGCGGAACAAUUAUUUCGCCAAACAUUACAUUUAAAACCUAAUUUUGCAAGUGCCAAUUUUAAUCUUGCAUUAUUGUUGACAGAAAAUGAAAGGCCAUUUGAAGCGUUACCAUAUCUACAACGAUUACUUCAACAAAAUCCUAAACAUUUUAAAGGAUUAACUUUACUUUGUGAUAUUCUAAUCAAUAAUGUUAAAGAUUUUGAUCAAGCUAGUCAUUGUUAUAAACAAAUAUUAAAAUUAGAUCCAAAAAAUAUUCAAGCAAAACAUAAUGUUUGUGUUAUUUACAUCGAAAAAGAUCAAUUGGAUCUUGCGGAAAAUUGUCUCAAUGAAGCACGACAAAUAGCACCAAAUCAAAAUUAUAUUGAUCGCCAUCUAAAAGUUAUUCGUUUAAGAAUAAUGAAGAAAAGAAAUAAUUUAUAAUUUAUUUUUUAAAUUAAAUUUUUAUUUUUUCCUGU